UGUAUAUAAGCUGCGAACGAACGCCCGAUAAAUUAUUCGAAUUCGCAGUUUUAUUCAAAAGGUUGACUUACGAAGUUUUAUUUGAGAAGAAAUUCAAGAUGUCCGGUCGUGGAAAAGGAGGCAAAGGUCUUGGGAAGGGGGGCGCCAAGCGUCAUCGCAAAAUCUUGCGUGACAACAUCCAGGGAAUCACAAAGCCCGCAAUCCGUCGUCUCGCUCGUCGAGGUGGUGUCAAACGUAUCUCUGGUUUGAUCUACGAAGAAACUCGCGGUGUCCUCAAAGUUUUCCUCGAGAACGUGAUCCGUGACGCCGUCACCUACACCGAGCACGCCAAGAGAAAGACUGUCACAGCCAUGGACGUUGUGUAUGCUCUCAAACGACAAGGACGAACCCUCUACGGAUUUGGUGGAUAAACUCGUACAAGACAAAGACAUUCAAACAAACCGGCUCUUUUUAGAGCCACCAAAUUUACAAAAGAAUUUAAACGAUCUCUCGAU